UUAGAUACAAUACGGUAUUGCUCUCUCUUUCUCUCUAGCUUCGUCACCGUCCGCCCCUUUUGUCAGGUAAAGCCAACUUCUUUGUACAAGCCAGUAUCAUGUCUGAUCCAAAAAGUGAAUUGUGCGACUGGGCCAAAUUAGCUGAGCAAUGUGAAAGGUACGACGACAUGUGCUCUAGAAUGAAGUCUUUGGUGGAAUCCUUGGCUGACAAUACGGAUUUGAAUACCGAGGAGAGAAACCUUCUCUCAGUCGCCUACAAGAACAAAGUGGGCUCUAAACGAUCCUCAUGGCGAGUCAUAAGUAGUAUCGAAAUGAAAGCGGAGGGCAAAAAGAAGGAGCUAGCAUCCAAGUACAAAGAGGUAAUCGAGAAAGAGCUAGAAGGAGUUUGCAGCGAAGUUCUAGGGCUACUUGAUGAUGUAUUGAUAAAGAAUGCGACUGCAUCAGAAGCGAAAGUAUUUUAUCUUAAAAUGAAAGGAGACUACUAUCGCUAUCUUGCCGAGGUGAAGAAGGAUCAAGAUAAAGAAGAGUCCGAAAAAGCUUGCGAAGCUUAUAAGGAUGCUGUUGAAGAGGCGAAAGAGUUACCCGUGACCCAUCCAAUUAGGCUUGGGCUUGCCCUUAACUUCUCUGUCUUUUACUACGAGAUUAUGAACACCCCAGAUAAAGCUUGCGAGCUUGCGAAAAGAGCUUUUGAUGAUGCCAUUGCAGAGCUGGACACACUGAAAGAGGAUAGCUACAAGGAUAGCACCCUCAUAAUGCAACUACUUCGUGACAAUCUCACUCUCUGGACGGCUGAAGAUGGUAGAGAUGAUGAUGCUAAGGAUGACGAUAAUUGAUCAGACUUUGCAUGUGCCUUUCUGUGCAAGCUUUAGACCUUUAUAAUUAUUUUAGCUGUGACUGAUAAGUAACUGUAUUGUUAUUAUUAUUAUUAUUACUACCUUAGUUUCUAAUUAAACGAAUAAAGC